GGCACAGUACACGUCCACGACCCUUCGAUCGUUAAGAAGGGCAAGUACUACUACUCGUUCAGCACACAUUUGGGAAUCGCCAUUGCACGUUCGCCGACACUGAACGGUCCCUGGAAGCACCUCGGCAGCGUGAUCGACACCCAAAGCAUCAUCGAGCUUACCGGUCGUGACGACCUCUGGGCUCCGGAUGUGAUUGAGCACAAAGGCAUGUACUACUGCUACUACAGCGUCAGCACCUUCGGCAGCCAAAACAGUGCCAUCGGAGUAGCCACCUCCAAGACUUUGCUUCCAGGCAGCUGGACGGACCACGGCAUGGUGAUCCGGUCCUACGACCCGACACAGUUCCCCGACGCGCCCAGCCCCAACAACAUCACGAACGCGAUCGACGCCAACGUGUACAUCGACAAGAAGACGAAGGAGGUGACGUUCUCAUACGGCAGUUUCUGGUCGAACAUCUGGGCGUUCCCGAUGGAGUCGAUGACCUCGAUUGCCUCGGACGCGGUAGCGACGCACUUGGCGCUCGACCCCGUGGCCCCGCAGGCGGUCGAGGGCCCCUUCGUCCACAAGCACGGCGACUGGUUCUACCUCUGGAUCUCGUCCGGUAUCUGCUGCGGCUUCAACGCCUCCAUGCCAGCCGAAGGCACGGAGUACAAGAUUAAGGUCGGAAGGAGCAGGGCCGUCACUGGCCCGUUCGUUGACCGUAACGGAACGGAUAUGAAAAACGGCGGAGGCGAUGUCGUCUUUGGAAGCCACGAUUGGGUCUACGGGCCCGGUGGCCAGGGCGUGCUCGUCGAUGGGAAGAAGGAUAUCCUCUACUACCACUACGUCGACACCAGGGUUAGCUACGUCGAUGAGGAUAAGUACUUGGGAUUCAAUGAGAUCAAGUACGUGGAUGGAUGGCCAGUGUUGGUGUAA